GUCAGGGGGCCAAGCAAUACAAGCAGGUGUAGCUGUGGGAAGCCCUCCUUUAAUUUAAUAUUAAACACUCCUCCCCUGUUAGCAGUGGCUGUGCACUUGAGUUUUUUUUGCAGUUCAAUCCUUCAGCCCUAUCCGCUAGUUCCUCGACAGCCUCCCCCACCUCCACAGGUGGUAACUCCCCAGCCUGAGGGACAGGUUAUAUAAGGCAGCCCAGGAGGGCCGCUUUCCCCCAUUAAAAAAAAAGCUGCUGCGUGGAUGCCGAGUUCAGGGGUAACCGGUGACCUACAUACAGGCCGUCAUGCACAAAGGCUGGAAGAAAUACUUUGGCCAGAAGUCUCUUAAUGAAGUGACCAUGGACGAUUACUUGGGCAGCCUGGGGCUGUACAGAAAACUGACGGCUAAGGACGCGUCGUGCCUAUUCCGAGCAGUGUCUGAGCAGUUGUUCUACUGCCAGAUUCACCAUCCAGAAAUUCGAAAACUCUGUGUGUCCUUUAUGAGGAAAAAUGAAAAGUUGUUUGAAUCGCAUGUUGAAGGACCAUUUGAAAAGUACCUGGAACGCUUGGAAGACCCUAAGGAAAGUGCUGGACAGCUUGAAAUAACUGCUCUGUCUCUGAUUUUUAAUCAAGAUUUCAUUUUAUAUAAAAGCCCUGGAAAACAACCUACAUAUGCAACAGACAACAACUGGGAAGGAAAGAUAAUGCUGUGCUGCUCAAGCAAUGGGCAUUAUGACUCUGUAUUUUCCAAAGAAUUCCAAGCUACUGCUGCUAUAUGUCAGGCUGUUCUGUACGAGUGCCUAUAUAAAGAUGUUUUUGGUGUGGAUGAAAGAGAGUUGCUUGCAGCCGUUGAUCUCUUCCGAAGUGGUACCAAAAGAAAUCGGAAUAGUGCUUCCACUGGUAGUGAAGAUGCCAGCUUUGACUGCUCUUCAGAGCAAACAUCGAAACAGUUUUCUGAUAACAGGGUUAAAGAUUGGGAUGUAAAAGGUGGGGAAAAUGCCUCGGAUGACAAAUCCAGACAAGCCACAGAUGACGCAAAGUCCACAGAAAAUCCUAACAAGAUGCCCUUCCCAUAUAAGGUUUUGAAGGCCCUUGACCCAGAAAUCUAUAGAAAUGUAGAAUUUGAUGUCUGGUUAGACAGUAGAAAAGAACUUCAGAAAACCGAUUUCAUGGUGUUUGCUGGAAGACACUAUUGUUUAGGUGAUAAGUGUCAGGUACGCUUGGAACCAGGUGGAAGAUAUUACAAUGCUCAUAUUCAAGAAGUUGGGCAAGAUAGCAACUCUGUAACAGUCUUUAUUGAAGAACUAGCUGAGAAACACCUUGUUCCACUCGUCAAUUUAAAACCCGUAACUCAGGUAAUCCCUGUGCCUGCAUGGAAUUCAUCCACUAACCGAAAAGGGGGGAACUACCAGAAAAUGACAGUGGGAUACAAUAGUGAGAUAGAUCUUGACCUUAAAACUCGCAAAAGGCUGUUUAAGAAAGUACGUGGGAAGGAGACUCAAGGAAAUGUGCCAUCUUAUGAACACUUCCGGCCUCCACAGUCUCCUCAUAGACAAGGCAGAAAUUAUGGAAUCCCAAAGGGCUCUCCGAGAUAUAUAAACAGGCAUCCAAUAAUAGGGCCAGAAAUCGCAUUUUACCACAGUCCAGGAAAAAGGUGCUACCAGAGCCUUGAUGGAUACUCUUAUAGAACUCGAUCAUACAGUCGGAGUCGUAGACAAAUGGGUUGUAUAAACAAAGAAUGCCAGUUUGGGUAUGUGCCGGACAGAGAUGAAGAACAAAGAGGCUUGGAUGAAACCAUGGCCUAUUAUGAGAUUGAAGAAGGCGAUGAAACGGCUUAUCCAACUCUGCCUAAUCAAGGAAGCACAAUGGUUCCUGCUACAGGAUAUUGGGUUACAAGAACCAGUCCUGGGCCAAUUAGUCCAGGGAAGCAAAAUAUGAAUUCAUCAGAGGAUGAGAUUGAUGAGCCGAGUGACAGCGGUGAAUAUCAUGAAGAGUUCAUUUAUACUUCAGAUCCUGCCUUUGAAAGCUCUUCAUUAUAUAGUGCAACAGAGUCCACUCAGAACUUGUCUCUCCAGGAUGAUGGGACCCAUGUUGUUCCUUCUCAAGAUGACAUUGUGUCAUAUAAGUAUUCUGAACAGGUCACUUCUGUUAUGGCUACCUCUUCUUGCGUGAAUGCUGCUCCAGUGACAGUCAUGUCAACUUCUGCUGUGGUGAUCCCAUCUACAUCUACUUCUUCUGUUAUACCACAGACUCCUGUUCAACCAAUUAUUGUGUCUUCACCUCCUUCAGGACGGCCAGCACCCCCUUGUCCUGGAGAGAUGGGAGAUUGCACUGUCCCUCUUCCACCACCACCACCUCCAUAUUCCUGCGAUCCAAGUGGCAAUGACUUACCUAGAGACACAAAGGUUUUGCAGUAUUACUUUAACUUGGGAUUGCAGUGUUAUCACCAGAGCUUUUGGCACUCCAUGGUAUAUGUCCAACAGAUACCACCUCCAACACCUGUAGAGACAUACCAAGGCUUUCCAGAACCUGUUUCUGUAGUUGAUCAGUCUCCGCCUCCAGUCUACAAUGAGAGCAGACCUAUUGCACUGGAAACAGGAGGUCCUUUUACAAAUGUGGAUCCAUUGCCUCCUCCUCAUGGGACAGUAUAUUAUCCAUUAAUGACUGAUCCUUAUAACCAGUCACCCUUACAGGGUUUUGAUUCUUGUGUACCGAUUGUGCCCACUUAUCACUACGUUGGACCGUGGCACCCGAUUAGUCCAACAUACAGCAGUUCACCUCGUCUGCAUAAUGCUGUAAAUGCUGGACAUAUUCACCAAGUCAGCUACAUAACUCCAACAUCGCCAGCCCAUUUUGUGCCGCAAACAAUAUGAAGAGGACCUUGUGGUUUUUUAUGGUUUCUGCUACAUUCUAGAUAGCGAAAUCUUUGGACAAAAUGUUGCUGCAUCAGUGAUUUCACAGAAGGUUCUGACAGCGAUGGAACAGAACACUUAUAUGGUGGUGAGGUGCUGGGAAGGCAUAUUAGUUUUUACCGUGAAGAGUCAAUGCUUGUUUCUUAAUUUUGGUGGAAUUGGAUUUUCUGUUCGUUUUGUGGGACUGGCCAUUAUCAUAUAACUUUUUAAGCAUGUUAUGCACUUGUGAAAGGCUUUCUGCACUACCUUCUGAAGCUACUGUGUCCAUAGACUACCUCUGACUACAUCUACCUCCCAAAUGGCUGUCAACAUGUGAAGUGGUUGAUCCAGAUAUUCAUCAUGCCAAUCUUCCAUUUGUUUGCCAUGAUAUUCAUCUGUGUUCAUCUAUGGCCUUGUAAUUAAAAAAAACACUAAGCUGUUUUGACUUCAAAUAUUUAGCCUAAAGAGGGUGGUGAUCUUCUCUAAUGGUUUGCUCUUUGUACUUCUGUAGUAUUUUAUGCCCUUUUGUGUUUUAACUUGAAAGUGAUACCUGUGCCAACAUAUAUCCAAGUCAAAAACUGUCAUUGCAGGUUACUUUGUUCAUCUGACAUUGCCAGCGUGCAAGUCUGUACAUUGGCAACAUAUUUAUGUGUUGGCGCUGUUUCCUAAUUCUUAUAAUUGUUUGCUCUGUCUGAAAUAUUUAUUUUCUGAGCAGUGAACUUUAUUCCUUGUUUAACGAAAAGUAAAUUAUGUGAACAUAACUUAUUCUGUGCAGGGAACAUUCCCUCUUCGUUUUCAUUUAUAUUCAAGUGCACAGGAGCUGCCAUGCUGUGUGCUCCAACAAGGGAAAGCCAUAACCUAUCUACCCCUGUGUUGCCAUUGCCAAAUGCUUGGUAACCAGCAAAAUGCCAGCUACCACUUGUUUAUAAACAAAGCACGAAGAGGAAAAAUGUUUUGGUUUUUUUUUUGUUCAUGAUGUGCUUUGAAUACUUUACUGUUUAUGUAUGGCCAGAUUAAUACUACUACUAGCGGUAUUUUUCCUUCUAACACCUUUGACUGGUCAAAGGGUCACAUACUAUGUAAGUGGAGUAAUUUAUGCCUGUAAAGUGCAUUGAUUGUUUCCCUUUAAGAUAUCUCUUCUAAGAAAUUUAUCUGCCUGGUUUCUGGAAUGUGCUUGUGAAACCCCAACAGUCUUAAGUUUUCUGGGUACACUCACAAUAGCAUAGGUGGAUCAUUAAGCGGGUGGGUCAUUAGUGAAGAUUCCACUGUAUCCAUCAGUGCUGCUGUGAAGGUAUCUGGAGGCAUUGCAGUGCUGAGGCAUCAUGACGAUAGAUUUAAGUGGUCUGACGUACGUUGGAUCAGUUGAUGGUACAUUUUAAAUAUUUUUCUUCACCCCAGGCUUUAAAUAUGAAACUGGCAAAUAACACAUUUGGUAAUAUGAGAAAUACUAUGGCCGAUCUACUUUAACUGCAACCUUGUAACUUUCAAGCAGGGCUUGAAAUGUUUUACAGAAGAGCUGUGCCAUAGAAGCCAUCUUUUAACUUGAUCAUUCAUAGCCAUAGCUAGAACACCAUGCAACUUCAGAUGAACCAAUAAAAAGGGAAUGAGAAAGGAACACCAUAUUACAUUCUUAUCUGCUUCAGACUGGGCAACUUUCCCACUUUAAUUUGUCUUAAGUUGUUUUGUAAGUGUUUACAUGUACUGUUAUUUAUGUUCUUGUACAGUCUUUCCUUUGUUGUACGCCGCUCUUUCAUUUAGAAAUAUGUAAGCCAUUUUUGCACAAUAGGUGAUUUGAAUUGGUGUUUACUUUUUCACUGGCACAUAAUAAAAAGCAUAAAUCUA